UUUCCUGGUUAUAUUGCGGGGUCUUCUAACAAUUCCCUGCCCUCUCCGUCUCUCUCUCUCCUCUCUCUCUCUCUCUCUCUCUCCUAUUCGGAAGCGCAUUCCCGCUUUCACCGGCGACAUCUCCGUUCAGCUGCCGGCGAGCACGGACGACGCUCGGGAGAUUUAAGUCACCGUCAAUGGCCGGCAAUUCAGCGUCUGAAACAACCGUUGACGAUUCUUCGGGCUUGAAAGAAGCAGAGAAGCCUCAAAUUCAGCCAUUAAGGUUGCCUACACCUGAGGAGAUUCGUGGUCAAGAUAUUUGGAACAAUUGUGCUGUUCGCAGUGUUGUCAGUGGAGUCAUGGGAGGUGGCCUUGGGAUCUUUAUGGGCCUGCUUCUAGGAGCACUGGACAAUCCUAUAAUGCAGGACCAAAUGACUGGAAAGCAACAGUUCAUUUACACUGCAAAGCAGAUGGGACAAAGAAGUUGGCACUCAGCGAAAACAUUUGCAGUCAUGGGCUUAGUUUUUUCAGCUGCUGAGUGUGUUGUAGAGAAGGCAAGGGCAAAGCAUGACACCACAAAUACAGUUGUUGCUGGCUGUGUUACUGGCGGUACUUUGUCAGCAAGAGGCGGUCCUAAAGCGGCAUGCGCUGGUUGUGCUGGCUUUGCAGCAUUUUCUGUUCUCAUUGAGAAAUUUUUAGAUAAUCAUAGCUGAAUUGACAUCAUUCUGCUUCAUUUAUUUCCAGUCCUGGACAAGAGAAAAGGAGGGAGAUGUAGGAUUUAUUAAAUUUUUAACUGCAAGAUUGUAUACCGAUUAAUAUGAUUUUUUUUGUUCACAUCUUCAGUGAAGAGAGAUCUCUGACCUGUACCACAUCUCUGAAAUGUUGUAUUGACCUGAUUCAUAUCUAAUCUCAUCAAUCUAGAUGGAGGUGAGGAUGGGUAGAUUGGAAUAAGCACACUGUAUGCUUAGCAAUCACAUAAGUUAUAGAAAAGAAAUUUUGCUAUGAAAUUUGGUUGGUGA